AUGUACAAAGUAGAUUUGCCGGCGGACCAGUCCACUGAUGAGGUUAUUGAACGUCGGCGGGCGGCAGAGGCAACUCGCAAAACCAGAAUUUUCAACACCCGGAGUCGAGUGAUUGGCCUCGAUAUCCAUGUUCUGGAUCAGCAGGUCAAUGAGAAAAAACAACGGCAAAGCAUGGAAGAACAACGAGACAAAGCUUUUGAUAAUAUGAGAAUGAGUCACGAUAAAACACUGUUGCAGCAAGAGAAAGAUGAGAUGGAAAGGCGAGCAACAUUGGACAGAGACCUCACGCAGUAUUGGGGCAUUCAUCAACGUGUUGAAGACUCCCGCGAUGCGGAUCUCAAGUGUGACCUAAAGAGGGCAAUCAGGCUCACCAUCCCAGAGGCUGAGCUGGGGCCUGCAAGCAUGCACUUCUUUCAGGGAGAGGGUGUGGGAGAGGAGCAAAAGAAGAGAGCACAGAAAGAGAGAACAAAGAAUGAUCUGCUGGCCCAGAAAGAAGACAAUGAGAAGAGGCACAGUGAGAACAAGAAGAAAGAGCUGCUCAUCGACAAAGAGCUAGUGCAUCAGGACCUGAGGGCAGUUCAGCUGGAUGUUCUAGAGGUGGAGUGCAAGAAAGCGAUGCACUUCGCGCUCAACAACUACAAUCGUGCUCUGACUGAUGAGCAAUCACAGAAACUGAGAGAGCAGCAUAAGAGAGAGGAAGGGGAGGGUCUUGCAGAGAUGUGGUACAUGCUGACAGAGUGUCCUGAGGCUGCUGAGAGAGAGGUGGGCAGAGUUUGCCCCCCCAGGAUUCUAACAGACAGGUGGAAGGGGAUGAGCCCAGAGCAGCUGAGCGCCAUCCACAAGGAGAGAGAAAAACAGUGCCUGGAGAGACAGAGGCAGCGUGAAACUGAGAAGAUUCAAGAUGCUGAGUGGAACUUCCGUCUCAUGGAGAUGGCCAGAAGAGCAGAAGAGAAGGAGAAGGAAGCGACAAAGCUGCAGCGAGAGAGGAGGAUUCAACAAGAUGGGUACAACAAGCAGCUGGCUAGACAGCAGCAGGCACAUCAGGAGUACCUGAUCAAGAAGCUAUAUACCAAUAAACCCAAUGCAGACUACUUUAACCAGUUCAACACAAGCUCCCGCUGA